AUGUCUGGGGAGAUAAACAAUACCUUUGACCUCGCCGAGAUAGAUAAAGACCCACUUAGUAAAUGGGAAGAAACAUCUGACUCAUCGGAGGAAUUGAAUGGACUUUUAUUGCACGAUGAUCCUGGUGCAGUACUGGCUGAUGGGACACAACAAAUUGUAUCCUUACUGAAGUCUGCGUCGGCUCUUCGAGAGCUGGACCUAUCUGCCCGGCAGACGCCGGUAGGUGGGAAGUUGAAUAGUUACGACCGGAUCUUUGAGAGCAUCGCCCAUGAAGUCCACUUGCCGAGGCUUGAAAAAUGUGCACUGUUAGGAUUCAUGGCGAAAGGGGAGUCAAUUCUACUCUUUCUCCAGAAAUAUCCCAGCCUCCACUCUUUCACGUGGCAAGAGUGUCGUUUGACCACUGGCUCAUGGACACCGAUCGUUCCUCAUCUGGACCAGUCGAUGCCAGAGCUAGAGAACCUCAACCUCUCGACCCUAUGUGGAAAGCAUCUGCAGAAUUUCGAGUAUGCACCAAGUGUUGCUCCCGUCGGUUCAAAUACGACAGAGCAACAGCAAGAGGAGGCCAAGCUGGAAGUCGAUGGGUUGGUGAAUCUGCAACUAGUUUGGGAAACUGAUCACCCACCGCGUUGGACAAGCUUCUCAGCUCAUGGAGGAAAGUAUGUGCACACCAGGGGGUUUACCCGUGAAGAAUUAAAGAAAGGGCUUGUUUUCGAGCCGCUACGACGGGAUAGAGGACGAGCUGAAGGCUCUAUGGAGCUUAUGUUGUGGAGGAAGACUCGGAAUACGUUUUAUAAACCUCCAUAA